CAGGAGGUGAUAAAUACAGCAGAGGUUGUGCGUGAUAGGCUGCUGCUGUGAUCGAGUGUUUGCAGGCCUCACGCCGAGAGCACUGGAGGAGUUUGACCGAAUCUGAAUCAACAGAAUGGGCAAAGUUCACUUUUAUGCAGUCUGGUCCUUACGUGAAGCACCUCGUCAGUUUAUACGAAAUGUCAACCGUAUGAUGUACCAGGUUCAGAUGCCGUUACCUUUACCGAAGCAGCUGAUAGUAUUUGGUUUAGGGGAAUGGUCAUCCUUCUCCAGUGACACCGAGAUCUCUGUGGAGGUUCUGCUGGGUCCAGAGGUCAAAUCACAGGUCAUCGGGACUCUUUCACCUCACUCCGGGUGUCUGAUCUGGCAAGGGGUUUGGACUCCUGAACUCCUCACUGAAGCCAAACACAGAGGCAGGAGAGGAGUUUAUGCCAAAGUCUUGCUCCGCAUCACUGGACAGCCCUAUUUGAAGGUGAGCUCCAGUUUUAUCAGCAGCACUCCACGAGUGAGGAGGAAACGUCUAGCGCUGAACCACUCCUCCAAUCUCUCCAGCACCCUUCUCAGCAGCGGAGAGAGUCAUGAUAUCACCCAGAGAUCACCUCCCGAGGGAAGCGUCAGCUGUGCGGAGCUGGGCCAAAGCAAAACGGAGACACGGGAAAACGCUCUACUCAGUGUUCAGGGUGUGUGGCCAAUGGAUAAAACUCCAAGACGCUCCAUUAUAGGAAUAAAGGGGAAUGUUUGGAGUUCUGAAGAACCGGAAAGCCCUUGGGAUCCAAACCUAGUUUCAAGCCUGAAGAAACGCAAACUUUGUAAAAUGUCUGCGAUAGAUUUAGAGGACGAGACGACGGUCAAACGUGUGAAGAGUUGCAGGGCUGACUGUCCAUCAAAGCGCUGGAGCCACGCAAUGUGUUUGAGUGAUCCUGAAACGGCCGUUCUGAUUGGUGGAGAGGCUGAUGACCAGGCCAAUUGUAAAGACUCUAUAUGGAAACUGGAGAUUGACAAUGAUUUCUGGUUCCCCAUGGACGUCGCAUCAUCUGAGGUCAGUCCACCAAGCUCACAAGGUCACUCUGCAACCUUCGAUCCUGAGUCUAAAGUCAUCUAUGUGUACGGUGGCCUGAGAGACGGCCAGCGGUACAGUGAUAUUUAUGUACUGGACACUAUAACAUGGAAGUGGAAGCUUGUUUCUGCAAAGGGAAAUAUCCCGUCAUUGGCAUACCACAGUGGCACAGUCUAUAAGAAGGAGUUGUAUGUAUUUGGAGGGAUGCAGCCCAGCCGAUGUCCUGAAGGCAAGGAGUGCAGUAACGCAUUAUACAUCUUCAACCCAGAACAUGGUCUGUGGUAUCAACCGAUUGUGGAGGGUGACCGUCCUCUGCCCAGGUUUGGCCACUCCAACACGUUGCUGUCCAACAAGAUGAUCAUUUUUGGUGGGAGAAAAACCGCCACCUACCUCAAUGAUCUUCACAUCCUGGAUCUUGGCUUCAUGGAAUACACUGCUGUAAAGUACGAAAACAUGCCACCAUUGGCUCGUGGGUUUCACGCUGCUCUACCCGUGUCUGACAACAGGGUGCUGAUCAGCGGAGGCUGCAGUGCUAUAGGAGCCCUACAGGACCUCCAUCUCUUUAACAUAGAUACCAGCUCCUGGACAUCAGUGGUGUCCCCAUUGCUUUGCUCUAAGCCUCGCGCAGGCCACAGUCUGAUAAGCCUGGCUUGUACAAAGGCUUCAUCUUCAGACCCGAGGGAUCAGCGUCAUGGCAACAGCCUCUCUCUCCAGUGUAACAUCCUAGUGUUCGGAGGGUCCGACUGUUCAGGAACAUUUUAUAAUGACACCAUUAAAUGCACGGUUGAACUCCGUGUUUAGGAUCAGGGACUACAUGAUUUGUUUUUCUUCUGAGAAAUGAAUGUAGGGUUUUACAGGAACCCAAUGUAAAAAAUUGGAAUACAAGAAGCACUUUUAUCGUUUGUUUUUUUUAAACGUUGCAUUGUUGCAGUUUUAGCAUGAACAGCUGUUUUACAGCUACUGUUUUUAUAAUCUCCUUCAAAGCAAGCAAAGGCUUCACUCUCACUUACAUGUGUAGUUCAGGUUUGUGUUUAGUACAGUACAUUCAGAGACUCGAUGUAUUUUUGUGCAAUAAAUGUUUUCUCUUAUUUUGCACGUA